AUGGCGAUGGAUAAUAUUACUGAAAAUAUUAUUGAUAAAGUCGAAUUGGCUGCAGAUGUUGGUGUUAAAGUUGCUAAUAUAGUUGGAAAUGCAUUUGAAACAACUAUUGCUGAUACAGAUCCUUCAGCAGGUGCAGAAGAAAAUACAUGGAUGAAUUAUUUUACAUCAUUUGGUAUUCAUGUUGCUAUGGUUAUUAUUGUUAUUCUUCUCAAAUGGCAAUAUAAUCGUAAUCGAUAUCGUUAUCCAAAAGGACCACGUAAUUGGCGAAAUAUAAAAGAUGCUAUAUCAUUUCAUAGAAAAAAACGUGAAAAUUUACUUGCUUUAGCAAUUGAUUAUCCUGAUCCAUGUACAAUUAUAACACAUGCUGGUCGAUUAGUUUUACUCAAUGACUCAACACUUAUUAAUGAAAUUUUUAUUGGAUGUGCUGACUUAGUUAAUCAUAAAGUUGAUGAAUAUUUAGAAAAUCAAUUACGUUAUAAAGAAGGAAAGCAUAUUCGUACAGGUAUUGUCUUUCGUCAUCAAGAUCAUAAUGCUCGAAUAAUUCAUAAAGCUCUUGUAAAACACCUUGAUGAUAAUCUUAUUGGUAAACAUCUUGAUUCACUAGUACAAGAACAAUUAAAACAAAUUCGUCUUGCAGAAAAAUUUGAUGUUCGCCUUUUAACGUCACUGACAUGUUCAUCAGCUAUGUCAUCAAUUGAUGAUAAAGCAUUUGAAUUAUUUGAACAAAAUUUAUAUAAAGUUUCAAAAGUUAUUCAUGAAGAUACAAUUGAAAAAUCUGCUAAAGUUGCAUUAACACAGUUAACUGGUUUAUCUGAAACAUUAGAUAUAAAUCGUAUUGAAGAUACAAAUAAUGAACAAACAGUAACAUCAACAACAAAAACAUGA